AUGACUACAAAUGAACGCCUUUUUCCGCUAUAUACUCUUGGCCGUAUUGCCAAUGUUGCCUGCAUCGGAACUAACGGGUUAUCCGGAAUAUGUCAAAUACGUGGAGAAUGUGCUGAUAAUGGAGGCUUAGCCAUUGGCCGCUGUAACUCAUAUACGGCUCAGGCGGUAUGUUGCAUUUAUAUAAAAAGAUGUGGUGGUUCCGCCACACAAAAUGUAACAUAUUUCCAAAAUUCAGGAUACCCUUCGCCGUAUAAUGGUGGUGGAACAUGUUCGAUCACCGUAGUACCGCCAGAUAGUACAAUUUGUCAACUGAGGAUCGAUUUUACCACGUUCUCGUUAUCUCAACCGGAUGCUACUGGAGCUUGUGUGGUGGAUAAUAUACAAAUAACCGGUGGUAACUCGCCUGUGCCUGUCAUUUGUGGCGAGAACAGUGGUCAACAUGUGUACGUUUCGAUAUCUGGUGGCUCAAUAUCAAUUGUGGUGUCCAUGACAUCUUCUACUUCGUUUAAUCGAGUGUGGAAUAUUCAAAUUAGUAUGAUAUCGUGUACCAGUCAGUAUCAGGCUCCAACGGGAUGCUUGCAAUAUUACAUGGCAUCUAGUGGAGAAGUGGCAAGUUUAAACUAUGGAAGUGGAGCGAAUCCAGCUCUGAACGCUUUGGGUUUGAUUGGAACUCGACAAUUAGCAUACUCUAACUACGCUAUCUGUAUUCAGCCCGCUGCCGGACAAUGUUCAAUCACAUAUUCCUUGCCAAGCACUGAUCCUGAUGCAUUCACCAUGACAGGCGACGCUACGGCGGUGGUUCCUGCAUUACUUGGAACGGGAGCUGUAGGAGAUCAGGGAACAGCUUGCACUACUGAUUAUCUAAUAAUACCCAAUCCAUCUGGCAUCGCAAAUGAUCGCUUUUGUGGUUUGGGUUUAGAUUCUUUGACAAGUGGCACACAGCCUUUCAUCCUGUACUACAUCACAGAUGCAGACGAUGCUGGUGACGUUGCUAACCGUGGUUUUAGAUUGGAGUAUUCCCAGAACUCGUGUGCUAUCUCAUCUGGAAAGUAG